CCCCACCCCAUCCCCUUCUCCUCUCACUUCAGAUCGACAAAGAGUUCUAUAUAGUAGAGAGAGAUAGAGAGAAAGCUAGGGAUAUUGAGAGUCUGACAUCUGAAAAUUAGCUAUUUGAAAUCUAGAGAGUUGAGAAGUUCAGGAGAGUAGAGGGGGAGAGAACCGCGUAAUCAGAUGGCUUCGUCAUCAAAUCCAUCAAAUCUUCCCUGCUCUAGUGAUGGUGUAUGCAUGUUAUGCAAGGUGCUUACAACAGAGGUAGAGCAGCUGCGUUGUAGCACCUGUGCUACGCCAUGGCAUACUCCCUGCCUCUCCAGCAUACCGCCCCUUACAGAUGUGGCCCACUGGGUCUGUCCAGAUUGCUCCGGUGAUGUCACAGCCAGCUACCCGCCAUCUGAUGUUGUUCGUCCGGAGAGCAGCCUCAUCGCUGCGAUUCGUGUGAUUGAGGCUGAUCCGGUGCUGUCCAUCCAAGAGAAGGCUCGUCGUCGCCAGGAACUUCUUGGCCAUGCCGGUGAUGCAGGGGCUGCAAUAACUGAAGCUGUUGGGGAAAACGUAGAGGACAGUGAGAGCAACAAUCCUUUGUCUAUGCUGAACAAGAACAUCAACUGCUCAUUUUGUAUGCUGCUUCCAGAGCGACCUGUCACUACACCAUGUGGCCACAACUUCUGCCUGAAAUGCUUCCGAAGGUGGAUUGAAAAUGGUAAAAGAGCUUGUGUGAUCUGCCGAGCACCUAUUACACAAAAAGUAGCACAAGAUCUAAGAAUUAACUUGGCACUAGUCCAAGCUAUCCGCAUGGCCAAGGCUGCAAACAAUGCUAGCACAACUGGUGAAACAACGGUUUAUCAUUAUAAAGAAAAUGAAGAUAAACCUGACAGAGCUUUCACUACUGAAAGAGCAAAGAGAGCUGGAAUGGCAAAUGCUUCAAGUGGACAAAUAUUUGUGACUAUUGCACCAGACUAUUUUGGUCCAAUUCUUGAAGAUCAUGACCCAAGGAGGAACCGCGGUGUUCGAGUCGGGGACCAUUGGAAAGAUAGAAUGGAAGGUAGACAGUGGGGUGCUCAUUUCCCUCAUAUUGCUGGGAUUGCCGGCCAAUCUACACAUGGGGCUCAAUCAGUUGCCCUCUCAGGAGGUUAUUUAGAUGAUGAAGAUCAUGGAGAGUGGUUCCUCUAUACUGGAAGUGGAGGAAGGGAUCUAAGUGGAAACAAGCGAACAAGCAAGGAGCAGUCUUUUGAUCAGAAGUUUGAGAAGCUGAAUGCUGCAUUACGUGUUAGCUGCUUAAAUGGCUAUCCCGUGAGAGUUGUACGGUCUUUUAAAGAGAAGCGCUCACCAUAUGCUCCAGAGUCUGGUGUUAGGUAUGAUGGAAUCUAUAGGAUUGAGAAAUGCUGGAGGAAAACUGGAGUUCAGGGUACAUUCAAAGUGUGCAGGUAUCUCUUUGUGCGGUGCGACAACGAGCCAGCACCAUGGACUAGUGAUGAACAUGGAGACCAUCCAAGGCCAUUACCAGAUAUCGAAGAGCUGAAAAAUGCAAUUGAUAUUACUGAGAGGAAAGGAAACCCAGCAUGGGAUUUUGAUGCAACAGAUGGAUGGAAGUGGAUGAUUACUCCACCCAUCAGCAGGAAGGCUGUCGUAACUGGAGAUCCUAGAGGCAAGAAAAUGCAAGGAGCAGCAAGGCAUACAAAUAACUUGUCAAUGAGAGAAAGGCUGUUGAAAGAAUUCAGAUGCUCCAUAUGUAGGAACGUGAUGGAAGAGCCAGUGACAACACCGUGUGCUCACAACUUCUGCAAGAAAUGCCUGCUUGGGUCAUAUGAUAAUCUUUCCCUUACAGAGGAGAGAAGCCGUGGUGGUCGGACCCUCCGGGCACGAAAGAUUGUUAAAAAGUGCCCUUCUUGUCCAAGUGAUAUCGCUGAUUUCGUACAGAAUCCUCAGGUAAACCGUGACAUUAUGAACGUUAUUGAAUCACUCCAAAAAGAAGCUGAGAAGGAAGAUCAUGCUAGGGUGAGUGGAGAAGGCAGCAGUGCAGCACUUGUAGAUUCUGAUGAUGAAAAUGACACUGCUUGGGAGAACCAAGAUGAUGGUAAUCUGGAUGAGGGAGGUUGCAACAAUCCUGAGGACAUGAUAACUGAAUCUGUUGAUUUGAAUUCUGUUACUAAUGUUGAUAAUACUGAAAACAAGGUGGAAGUUCAGCAGCCUCACAAGCGUACCGCCGGUGCCGGGAAGGGGAAAGGUGGCAAAUGGGCUAGGACAAGCUCUGCACCAGGUGAUGCAGAUGCCAGGAAUGUUGUGACUUCAACUGAAACAUUGGAUGGAAUAGCUGCUGAGAAUGUGGCUGAUUUAGUACAAAUUGAGGAUUGCACUUUCACUGGUGUGGAAAGAGCCGACCCCAAUGCGUUAGAAGUUGAUGGCAAGAAUAUGAUUCCAGACUUUUCAGAAGCUGAGAAGGUUAACCCUAAACAGGAUCAAGAAGUUCUUCCAUGAUGUGUUUCCUUGCAUACUUGGGAUGUUUAAAAGUUUUUAAGAAGUAGUAUUAUCUUAUUAUCUUUGGUGACAUUCAGAUUGGGAUGAUAUCAUUUAAUUUGGGAAUAAUUGAACUCAUAGUGGGGGUGCAACUUUCACUUCCUCAGGUUCAGACAUUAAGCUGCUGCAUUAUUGAAACUUGAAACAUAUGCAAAUUGCUUGUGAAGUUUUUUUUGUA